UAUGUGUACUACUAUGUACAACUUACAAUCGAUAUACACUCAUCAGAACUCGGAUCGAUAGACACUUGUGUAUGUAGUACAUACUUGAAGGUUCCGGCGGGCGGGGGAAUAUAAUAUUGAUUAUCGUGUGGAAAAACAGGAAUGUGUAUUAGGUAAAACAUUAGUCGAGGAAAAUAACGCGUCUCGACAUGUUUAACAUGUUUCUGUUCCUUUUUACACUUGCCCAAAUCUUAUUGACGGAAUGUAAAAUUCUUCAGGGACACCUCGUCACACGUAAAAAUUGGGCCUUCUUGGCGAGGUUCUGUUUCUUAACGGAGCAAGGCACGUUCCGGUACGAUUUCGAAUUAGGGGGCGAGGAGCAAGAUUUGAAAAUAUUACUCUAUUACGACGCGCCCGAUCAAUGGGCAAGCGUUUACCCCACGAAUAAAACGUGUAGCGAGAAGGAAGCUGUUCUUUCGGAUGGAAUCGGUCAGAUAGUACCGUUGUCUCUGGUAACGGCCGAACAAUCGGGAUGCGUCAAAGAAGACGAGAUAGUACGAUGUUUGAGCUAUAGAAAAUUCCGAUCGUCCCGUCCGAGAUGGUGGUUCAUCGCGUUAGCCGAUUGUUCCUCGAAAACAGGAUUAAACGUCUCCUACUGGAUAUCGUUGACGAACGGGGAGGGCGAUUUUUGGAGAGAACAUUUUUCAGCUGACGAAUUCUACAUACUACCGGAAUUGAUAGCGAUUGCCUGCAGUUACAUACUACUCGUGAUACUGAGUUUCUACGUAGCCGUGCAAUUACGCGCGAGAAGACUGUUGCACGUGUCUUACAAAAUAUUCAUGGGUUCUGCGCUGUGUCAAUUGGUAGGAGUGCUGUUCGAGGUUUACAGUUACACGAACCUUGGUCUGAGAGGGACAGUAGCAGGGAACGCUUCCCUGCUGGGCCAGCUGUUGGAAGCGUUGUCAGAUAUUUUAUACACCGUACUCAUGUUGCUGCUCGCGCUGGGUUUUACAGUGACGAAGAACGUUCUGACGCCCAGACAAAUACGAUGGCUCGUGUGCUUCACUAGCCUGAUCUCUUUCUGCCAAUUCACACUGCAAAUUUACCAAUCCGACGCCUUUGACCCAGGCCUGGUUUUAUACGUUUACGAGUCACCGCCCGGAUACGGAUUGAUAAUAUUAAAGUUGAUCGCGUGGAUCAUCUUCUCUCUCCGCUGUUUCAAGACGGUGAAGAAAAUGUCGACGAAAUUACAUUUUUACGGUUCGCUGUUCUCUUUGGGCUCCGCAUGGUUCUUGUGUCAUCCAUUGACGGUAUUGUGCAUCACUUUAUUAGUAGACGAAUGGGUAAGAGAAAGCGUCGCCAAGGGAUGUUCGCUGUGCAUCGUUUUCAUGGGACACAUGAUAUUUUUGUACAUCACCCGACCGUCUAUGGCUAACAAACGGUUUCCAUUCCACAUCCGAACGUGCCAGGUCGCGCCGAUAAGCGGUGAAGGACAGGACCACGGUUACGAGCCUCGUUACAGAGCAGCCGCCACUUCCGUGUUCACCGUUUCGCAUCUAACGCCGUCUGCUACUUUGUACUGUUCCUGAUCAGUGAUCCAAACGAUUGAAAUAAUUACGCUU